AAAAAAGUGACACGCACUGAAAACAUUGUAUUUGUGCACGUGAGAACAAACAGAAUGAUGAUUUUGUGAUACUCAUACAGAAGGUCCACUAAGGAUCUACAGAAAUCCAAGGGACGACAUUCAGCAUGGAAAAUGAGGAUUUGCAGGAGGGAGAGAUUCUACUGAAGAAUUAUACCUCUCUCCAUGGGUCACUCGACUCAGAUCUGGAUCAGGAUCCUUUACAAGUCAUCCAGGUGCAGCUGGAGGACCGACACCUUGACACCAGUCCUGUGGUUAGUCCGACCCAUCAUCAACGACCCUCCGAAGUCUCUCCCAACUGCUACCUCGGCCUGGCAGCUGUCAUGGCAUCCCUUGGUGGUAUCCUCUUUGGAUACGACAUUGGUAUAAUAUCGGGGGCAGUCCUACAACUACAGGACCAGUUCUGUCUGUCCUGUUUCCAGAGGGAGCUAGUAAUUAGCAUCAUGCUAGUAGGGGCCAUGAUAGGUUCCUUAUUUGGAGGUUUUGUGAUAGACAAGUAUGGACGCAGACUGACCAUCAUUCUCAAUGCUGUAGUGUUCCUGGUGGGGGCAUUUAUUCUGGCCCUCUCCACCAGUUAUCCCCUUAUAUUAUUUGGCCGCCUAGUCAUUGGUAUAGCCGUAGCGGUGUCCGCUACAGGAGAAUGUGUGUACAUAUCAGAAAUAGCCCCUGCUAAGAAGCGUGGAGUGCUAGUGUCCCUGAACGAGCUGGGCAUUACUCUAGGACUUCUCCUGGCUUACCUUGUCAACUAUUUCUUUAUACAGGUUGACAAUGGCUGGCGGUACAUGUUCGGACUGUCUGCGAUCCCAGCAGUCAUACAAGGUGUUGGAAUGAUGUUCCUUCCCAAGAGUCCGCGCUUUCUCAUGUUGAAACGACAGGAAGCCAAGUCCCAGGAGGUGUUGAUGAAGCUGAGAGGCAAAGAUGUAGAGAAAGAAAUGAAUGCUAUGAAAAUAUCCAUUGCUGGAGAAAUGAACCAGACCUGCUGUAGUUUGUUCAGCAGUGUAGACAAUAUGAGAGGUCGGAUGCUGAUAGGGGCUGGGCUUGUCUUCUUCCAGCAGUUCACAGGCCAGCCCAAUGUCCUCUAUUAUGCUCCGACUAUUUUUGAGGCAAUAGGGUUUGGGUCACAUUCUGCUGCUACCCUAGCAACAGUAGGACUAGGAGCUGUUAAGGUUGUGAUGACCGUGAUUGCCUUACUAUGUGUGGAUAAGUGGGGUAGAAGGAAGUUUCUCCUGACCGGUGCUAUUCUGAUGGGAGUUGCCAUUCUGUGUCUGGGUUUAGUAACCCAUCUCCAAAACCAUACCCUUAGCAAAGAGACAUGCUCAGAGACCGAGGUCUGUGUGCCUUCCUCUGGAAACCAUAUACAUCAAGUUUUUCUGUACAAUCAAUCAUACAGCAUCACUGGGGUUAACCUGACUAACUCAGGCUUAGCUACUCAGUCUAACUCUACUGGUGACACACCUCUGGUACAUGGGGACAAGGCAGGGAGAGUGGUGGCUUUUAUAUCCCUGAUGACAUUUGUAGCAGCUUAUGCUAUAGGAUUUGGACCAGUGACAUGGCUGGUUCUGAGUGAGAUUUUCCCAGCCUCGGUGAAGGGGCGAGCUAUUGGCAUGACAACAGUGCUCAACUGGGGUACCAAUCUGGUCGUCUCCUCAACAUUUCUUAAUGUUAUCGAUGAGUUGGGAGUGUCCUUGACCUUUUUCAUAUUCAGUCUGAUCUGUGCUUUUUCUACUGGAUUCAUAUUUCUGUUUGUCCCGGAGACAAAAGGCCGAUCCCUUGAACAGAUAUCUUCAGAUCUUACAAAGAGAACACCGAUGGCAAUGGUCAAUGUACGACUGGGAACUCUUUGGUGCUGUAAGUCGCUAACAACGGAAAUCAAACUGUCGUCAGGGUACAGACCUGUUCCAAACGUACGCAUGUCCUCACUGACUGUAAGCUGAAGGUCAUCGAAGACAAAGGAAGGUUAUUAUUGCAGUAGAGACGAGGUCAUCAAAGACAAAUGAAAUUGACCAAGUUGAACUCUCUUAGAACAUGUUCUAGUCAUGAAGAUUAUCAAAAGAAUUAGAUGGAGGUUUCAGACUGUAGUGAAUGGGGUCAGGACUUUAGACUGUAGUGAAUGGGGUAGGACUUCAGACUGUAGUGAAUGGGGUAGGACUUCAGAAAGUAGUGAAUGGGUUAGGACUUCAGACUGUAGUGAAUUGGGUAGGACUUCAGACUGUAGUGAAUGGGGUAGGACUUCAGAAUGUAGUGAAUGGGGUAGGAAUUUGUGCAAUGUUUAUUAAUAGUUAUAAGAAAUUGUCUAGAUUAUUAGCUGUAGUUUCUAGCCCCAGUUUAAAGAUAUAUUUUAGCUUCAAUUUUUUCUUAACUUGUGCAGAUUUUUCCAUACGAAAUAUUUACUGUGUUACUAUGGUCUUUCGUCAAGUAAAUUGGUUAAUAAAUCUACGUGUUACACCAAUUAUUUUACUGUGAUGGGGUUUCACAUAUUUCGAACCUCACAAAAUGUUUUCAAAUCAAAUUUAAUGUGAUUUUGUUUUUGCCCUGAUAAUCUAUGUUUUUGAAUCUCAUUCGUAAGCAUUUUAUUUUUCUAUUUUAUAUACAUCAAUUCAUGUAUUGAUUUUUUUCACAAUUAAGCAUCUUAAUUUGAUUAAGUGUUUGAUGGAAUGUACAUUGUAAGUGUGUCAUGCUGCUUCUGUAUUUUAUAGUAUGUACAUGCAAUUAUAUAUAUUUUCUUACCCAAGUCCAACUGAUGGCUCUAAUGAGUAAAGAGUCUCUGUUUCAAUCCACAGUAAUCAGAAUCUCAAACUCAAUCCACAGUAAUCAGAAUCUCACAUUCAAUCCACAGUAAUCAGAAUCUCACACUCAAUCCACAGUAAUCAGAAUCUCACACAAUCCACAGUAGUCAGAAUCUCACACUCAAUCCACAGUAAUCAGAAUCUCACACUCAAUCCACAGUAGUCAGAAUCUCACAUUCAAUCCACAGUAAUCAGAAUCUUACACUCAAUCCACAGUAAUGAGAAUAGCACACUCAAUCCACAGUAAUCAAAAUAGCACACUCAAUCCACAGUAAUCAGAAUCUCACACUCAAUCCACAGUAGUCAGAAUCUCACAGUGUGAAUCCAUUUUAUUGCUUCAAGUAAUCCGGAUUUCUAACUCAAAUCCAUAUGAUCUCCCCCAAGUUAUCAGGAUUUCUAACUCAAAUCCAUAUGAUCUCUCCCAAGUAAUCAGGAUUUCUAACUCAAAUCCAUAUGAUCUCCCCCAAGUAAUCAGGAUUUCUAACUCAAAUCUAUAUGUUCACCUCCAGUAAUUACACUGUAUGUAACAGCCAAGGGAUAUGAGGGGAAAUACUGCCAUACGGCAAGCUAGUUUUUCCAGCAAUAAAAUAUCCCUGGGAGGCACUCGCUAGUUCAGCAACAUUGAGCAUGGUUAGUGGGUGUGGAUGGGUGCUCGCCUGCACUUUACAUUUGGUGUCAGUAGUGGCUAGUUCCCGUUAGUUAGGGAAUGGGUACACAGGGAGGCCCUACUGGAUUACCAAGACCCAGUUUGUGGAUGAGACUUCUCAGAGUGUAACAGCCAAGAACUAAUAGGGGAAAAUACUGCCUCACUGGCAAGAUAGAUGGGUGCCCUCUUGCAUGUUACAAUUACAAUCUUUUGCUCACCCCAUAUCAUUAAAAUCUCUUAAACACUCAAAAAUCAUCCCAAAACUAAUAAAAUCCCUACCUCAAAUCCAUUUGAUUACCCCAACUAAUCUGUCUCUUAUUCUAAUUUUUUGAUCACCCCAAACUUAUCAUAAUCUCUUGAACAAGUGCAAGAAAAAAUGUCUGUAAUAUAAUGCCACACAUUUCAUUUGCAGGUUCUCUUAAAGCUUAUAAUUACUGCCAACAUCUUUUUUAUGAUUGAUCAAGCUAUUAUGAGACCAAAAUUUUACCAAUUGUUGAAAGAUUUGAAACACAGCCAGUCUGGAAAAUCAUAGACUCUGCAUUGUUAGUAACCCAUUAAUCAUAGACUCUGCAUUGUUAGUAACCCAUUAAUCAUAGACUCUGCAUUGUUAGUAACCCAUUAAUCAUAGACUCUGCAUUGUUAGUAACCCAUUAAUCAUAGACUCUGCAUUGUUAGUAACCCAUUAAUCAUAGACUCUGCAUUGUUAGUAACCCAUUAAUCAUAGACUCUGCAUUGUUAGUAACCCAUUAAUCAUAGACUCUGCAUUGUUAGUAACCCAUUAAUCAUAGACUCUGCAUUGUUAGUAACCCAUUAAUCAUAGACUCUGCAUUGUUAGUAACCCAUUAAUCAUAGACUCUGCAUUGUUAGUAACCCAUUAAUCAUAGACUCUGCAUUGUUAGUAACCCAUGGUAGUCUAGUUUCAUACCUUCACUUUCACCAACACUGUACAAUCAAAAUUGGGUUACUGAUGUUGUGAAAUUUUGAUAAUCUGGACCCGCUUAUUUCUGGAGGAGUUAUAUUUAUUAUUUAGUGCAAUCCCUACUUUCCUUGGUUUUUGGAGCGUUUUUGUCCCGGAGUUUGAAGUGUUCCGACGAGAGACACUCCACUGUAUACAAGGACAUUGCUAAGCUGUAUUAAUUACAGCAGCAUGGACUCAAUGACUCCUUCAUUGUGUACUCAAUGACCCCUUUAUUAUGUACUCAAUGACUCCUUUAUUAUGUACUCAAAAACUCCUUCAUUGUGUACUCAAUGACCCCUUCAUUGUGUACUCAAUGACCCCUUCAUUAUGUACUCAAUGACUCCUUUAUUAUGUACUCAAUGUCUCCUUUAUUAUGUACUCAAUGUCUCUUUUAUUAUGUACUCAAUGACCCCUAUAUUGUGUACUCAAUGACCCAUUCAUUAUGUACUCAAUGACUCCUUUAUUAUGUACUCAAAAACUCCUUCAUUGUGUACUCAAUGACUCCUUCAUUGUGUACUCAAUGACUCCUUUAUUAUGUACUCAAAAACUCCUUCAUUGUGUACUCAAUGACCCCUUCAUUGUGUACUCAAUGUCUCCUUUAUUAUGUACUCAAUGUCUCCUUUAUUAUGUACUCAAUGACCCCUUUAUUGUGUACUCAAUGGCUCCUUUAUUAUGUACUCAAUGUCUCCUUUAUUAUGUACUCGAUGACCCCUAUAUUGUGUACUCAAUGACUCCUUCAUUGUGUACUCAAUGACCCAUUCAUUAUGUACUCAAUGACUCCUUUAUUAUGUACUCAAUGUCUCCUUUAUUAUGUACUAAAUGACCCCUAUAUUGUGUACUCAAUGACCCCUUCAUUAUGUACUCAAUGACUCCUUUAUUAUGUACUCAAUGUCUCCUUUAUUACGUACUCAAUGACCCCUAUAUUGUGUACUCAAUGACUCCUUCAUUGUGUACUCAAUGACUCCUUUAUUAUGUACUCAAUGACCCCUUUAUUAUGUACUCAAUGUCUCCUUUAUUAUGUACUCAAUGACCCCUAUAUUGUGUACUCAAUGACUCCUUUAUUGUGUACUCAAUGGCUCCUUUAUUAUGUAC